AUGGGGAAGAAACCUAAGUCCGCUCAAGUUCCCAUGAAAAUACCCAAGAAGAUCAACAAGAAACAAAUCACCAGUACUUUAUUAAAGACUUUACGGCCCAAAGUUUAUAUUACAGACUCGUCAAAUUUCAAGACUCUUGUUCAGCAACUGACUGGUAAUGAAAAUUCUACGCUACUACUCUCAUCUCCAUCGCCUGUAGAGAUCAUUCAAGAUCAUGCAUAUCAAGAAAAUAGUUGGGAUUUGUCGUUCAAUACAUCGGGUUUCAGUACUCAAUUAGAAAGCUCCCCCUCCCCGGAUUUACAAACUCCAGAAACAUUGGAUUAUGUGAUGGAAAAUUCGUUGAAUAGCAAAAAUAUUGAGUUUUCGUCGUACUAUGGGGAUACAGAGUUACUACUUUUGGAGAUGGACCCAGCUUUGCAUAAUUAUGAUGCAUGCUAUGCUAUGAUUCAGCAAGAGGUCUAUGUUUAUGAUCAUAAUUUCUCUGGCUUCAUAUGA